CUCGCUCUCGCUCUCUAUCCUCUGAUCUCACAAUUACUACUCUCUACUGGUUCUCUUUCUCAGGUUGGAACUAAGCAAUGGGAUUAAAGGAUCAACCUGAAAAGGAGAACCUACAGGCCUCGAGUCCUACCCGAGGGGAUGAUGAUGAUACUGCACAAAGUGCAGAAGCACAUGGCGGUGGGGCGAUGGAGGGGUUUAAUGAUACUAGUGGUGAAGAUCUCCCUCCUCCUAUCACUACAAGCGUCAUGGGAGAAACCCAGCGUUCAACAAACAUUUUACUAGAUUUGAAUGCUCACCCUGCUGAUGCUCAGUCUAGCUCUCCAAGAAGCAUUGACAAGAGACUCCAGACAAUUGGAAGUGCAAGAAUCAGAAAACCAUUACAGAGGAGAUCAAGAAUUAAACUCAGUACCAAAGAGAUUGCCGAUGAUCUUUCAAAGCUCCGAAGUGAUGAUGAUGCAGCUAUGCGUAGGCCGAGUGGAAGUUCAUUACCUUUUCCACUGACAGAACAAACUGAUAAUCAUGACCCUUUUUCUGCAACAAACAGUGGUAUAAGUUCGGCUCUUGUUGGUCCGACCAGUUCGACAUACAAUCAAGGCUUUCGAGCUCAAAAUGUUGCUGGGCAGACACUACCCUUCACAAAUAUUCCCAUGUUUGGGAGCAUGCCACCUGGAUUCACAUAUUCCCAUGUUCCCGUGGGUAAUAGAGGUUUACUUGGCCAAAACCAUUUAGCUCAACCAUUUUAUGGAAACAGUAUGAGGAACAUGUCACCUCGACCUUCCAUGGCUUCUGGAGGUUUUGCGGAUUUUGCCAGGGAUCAUGGAGGUUUUGAGGCUUUGGCCAGGGGUAAUCAUUUAGGGGGUCGUGGAACACAAGGCUUUCAAGGUGUUCCAUUUUCAUCAAGCAUUCAACCAGCUGUUUCUGCAGGUCAGCAGUUGUCUAUUGGUAUUUCUCAAGCUGUUAUGAGAAACCAAUUUCCUGCAAGGUUUGGUAUUUCUCAAGCUGAUCUGUUGGGCGCCCAGCAAAGCGGUCGUUAUCAGCAAUAUCAGGGUCCAAAUGUUCGGUAUCCUAUUUCAUUUCAAAGAGGUCAAGGAAUUCCUUAUUUUGCUAUAGGAAUUCCUCGGGGUUCUAUUAUCCAUGUCCAACCACCUCUGGGUACAAGAGGACUCGAAAGCUCUCUGGCUGGUUGGGCCCGAGCCCGUCCCCGUACAAAACCCACACCUUCUGCUCCUCCUCCUGCAUUGCCUCCUGUGGAUGAUGAGCAAGAAAUGUCAGAUGCAGAUUCUGCACCGUCGUUGGAUGAGUCUCCACCAUUGGUAGAACCUAAUCAAACUAUACCCCCAUCUCUUCGACCAAUGGGGGUGAAAUGCUGGAUAUGCAAUAGGGAUAUCCGGUUCACUCCAACUGGGCCGCUGUCUCAGCCUGCUAUGCCACCGGUUGUCGCUGUUCUUUCUUGUCACCAUGUGUUUCAUGAUCACUGCUUGGAGAAUAUCACACCUGAGGAUCAAACUGAAGAUCCUCCCUGCAUUGUUUGUGCCAUUCGUGAACAACAAUGAAGCGAAGCUCCGAUCCUCCUGGUGUUCGUAUUUUUGAAUCAGAUCAGAGUUUGUGUAUAGUUCAAAUCUGUAGUUUAGCAUCAGAUCAUAUCAGAUUUUUGUGGGUUAUGUGUAUAUCAGCAACUGGGAGAGCAUGUUGAAAUUGCAGAGAUGUUGUCUCUAUAGGAGUUGAAAACUAGCAAAUAUGUUGAGAGGGGGUGAAUUGUACUAUUAAAAAUGUACUAGUAAAAGUAUACU